AUGAGUGGAAAGAACCGAGUCAACACCAAGGCGAAAGAGGCGUCGCUCGACGUGUAUGCGGCGCCGUACGUGCCGAUUGUCCUCAAGCAGAUCAAUGAAGCUCCUGCUCAGAUUGUACCAUGCACACCAUCACCAUGGAUAGACUACACACGAUACGUUCAGUCUUUCUCCGGAAACAUAUUCCUCUCAGCGCCUGCUUAUCCGGAUGCACUGUCCGCAGAGCUCCCAUUCCCUAAACCGUUCGACGGCAAGCUCGAAAUCUCGACAUACAUGGACUACUUCUCUGCCGCCAUUACGACCGAGGUGCAUGCUCUACAGAAAGAGUGUGAAGAAUACAACAUGUAUCAAGUACCCCUGGCGGCAGCCCAUGGCGACCCACGACAAUCAAUGUACUGGCUCAACAUUCCUGGAUUGCGAGAAGCUAGUCUGCGCAUCGAGAUCGGAGACAUAGUGCAGGUACGACAACUCGGAUUCGAACACAUGAGACAUGCUGGAGCUCUCGUAACCGCAGGCUAUCCUGUUCCUCCCAACAAUCAAUUUCAGCAGCAGCACAACGCUGUCGUGUGGGGCAUUGACCGUGUACGGGAGAUGGUCACUUUGCGGAUCGACUAUCUGGUACCCAUAAGUCUUCUCUUCAACGCCCGCUUCGUCGUACAGUCACAUCGCAUUCAUGCUUGGCAUAGAGCCGUGGCACGGACCCAGCGCGCCAUGACAGAAGCGAAUCAGCAGUCGUUAAAGAAUGAUAACGAAUGGAUGCGCUCCAUGCUGUUCCCUGACACGAAAGAUGGAGUUCUUCAGCGGAGUUUGAACAAGGCCCGGGACCAGCUCAGUCUGUUUGACACGCUUCUCAAUUACGAACAAGUCAGAGCCACCGAGACAAUCCUCAAAGGCCAAUAUGGACGGGUCCCUUAUCUCAUCAGCGGGCCUCCAGGCACGGGCAAAACCAAGACUGUUGUUGAGAUAGCAUCGCAAUUGGUCAGUGAGAACGAGUCGUCGCGACUGCUGCUGUGUGCACCGUCCGAUUCUGCGGCAGACACUCUCGUCCAGCGCCUCAGUCAGCAUUACAGCCCGAAAGAAGUUCUAAGAUUGAACUCACCUGCAAGAAGCUUCCCAGAGGUUCCGAAUUCAGUCCUGCCGUUCUGUCAUGUCGACGACACCAUCUUCUCUUUGCCGCCCUUUCCGACCUUGAUGAGGAAGAGAAUCGUGGUCACCACGUGCCGCGAUGCUGAAAUGCUUCACCAAGCCCGCCUCAGUAAUCAAAAUCUCUACUCCCUCGAACGCAGCAUCUACAAUGUUCUUCAUCCGGAGGAUACACAAAUAGAGCCGCGAUUGCACUUCACUGCUCUUAUCAUCGACGAAGCAGCUCAGGCGAUUGAACCGGAAGUGCUCAUACCCAUCUUGGUCGUGGCGCCUCCUGCAGAUCUGUGUCCGAGUGAAACAAACUUGCCCGCUGUCAUCAUGGUGGGUGAUCAACACCAGCUGGGACCUCGGACUGCGUCCAAAGGACAGUUACAACGCUCGCUCUUCGAGAGGUUACUGAACCGGCCACUGUACAAAGACCAUCCUCUGGCACGUUCAUCGCAGUCAGGUGGCAUCGUGCAACGACUGUCGAAGGCCAUGCUACCCAUCAUCAGACCUCCAUUUACCGAUCUCAUUCGCAACUAUCGCUCACAUCCGGCCAUCAUUGCGACACCAUCUUCACUCUUCUACAACGAUACGUUAGAACCGACGGCAUCUCAUGUUGACUCCCUACUCUCUUGGACCGGCUUUGAAGGACGUCAAAUGCCUGUGAUGUUUGCGGAGAACCGAACGCCGGACGAGAUCGAGCGAGACGGUGGCGGCUGGUACAAUUUGGGCGAAGUCACUCUUGCGAUAGAUUUCGCGAAAUCUUUCUUAUCAGAGGGCCUCGUGAAACAACGCGAGAUAUGCAUCAUGUCGCCAUUCGCAGCACAGGUCCGCGCUCUCCGUUUGCGAGCGAGACGGCCAGACUUGAAGCUCUCGGCGAUCAACAUCGGUCCGCUGGAAGCGUUCCAAGGCCUAGAGUCGAAGCUUGUCAUCUUGUGCACUACUCGGACUAGGGAUCGCUUCAUCGACCAAGAUCUUGCCAAAGGACUCGGAGUCAUUCACGAGGCGAGACGAUUCAAUGUCGCCCUCACACGUGCCAAGGAAGGUCUGAUCGUCAUCGGACACCCCGGUAUCCUGUGCCAGGACGAAAAUUGGGCUUCGUUCAUGGCGUUUUGUAGGCGGAAUGGAGCUUGGAGUGGAACGGGGCCGGAGGAUUGGCAUACGCCGCAUAGUCGGAAGAUCAAGAUGUCGCGAUUGGAGAAGCAGAUUCAGUUCCGCAAUAAGGUGAGCGAGGACAGCAACGGUGAUGAUGGAUUGGCGAAGCGUAUGCGCCGAUUAGGCUUGAUGAAAAGUGAGGAGGAUGAGCAUUGGGAAGCUGGCAUCGCUGCGGAGGAGGCAUUGGCUGGCGAGGUGGAUGCGGCGGAUGAUGGUACAGCAGAGGAAGAUGGCACGGCCACCGAGAGUGGCACUUCCGAUCAGGAUUGUGUAGCUGCAGACGACUCGGCGACAUCGCCAGAGUCGGGUGAGGUUGCAUGA